AGAGACAUAAAUAUUGGCGCAUCAGUUUCCAUCAGCAUCAGUCGAGAACCAGCUCUUUCCUCAUCACAUCAUCUCACCUUCUCGACCAGCAACAAUGCGCAGCACCGUGGUCUUGGCACUGCUGGUGAUAGUGGCCCUAGUCCCUCUCCUCACUAAGGGGGCACAGGGACAAGAGUUCGGAAUUCCCGAACGUGAGGCCGUGGCCUCAAUGGCUGGGCAAAUCCUGAAGUUAGUCCAUGUCGCUCCGGGUGCUGCCCCAGGCCUACAUCACAAGCGCAACUCUGAAAUCAUCAACUCACUGCUCGGAAUUUCAAAGCUAAUGAACGAAGCGGGACGCCGGUGAUUGUUGGACCAUGCUGCCACUACCACUAAAAUUGCUACUGCACCCAGUCUUACUGCUACUGCUGCUACUGUUUUGAAUUCUACUGCUAAGCCUACUACUGCGAGCAGGGGUUUACCUUUCCACCCCGAUACUGCAGGUUCAUGUUGAGCACGUCUCGCUUACUAUAUGAAUAAAUUUGGUGGCUGCUUCA